AACAAAAUGGCAGACAAUACUAUACAUGUAUUACUGAAGACAAUGAAAAUAGUAAUUUAUUACCAGGAUAUAGAUGUCGUUCUGGUACAUCAUCAUUAAAAUCUAUGUCUCAAAUUACCAAUUAUUCUUUAGAACCAGGUAUGGGAUUGGAUAAAUUAAAGAAAGAUGAUAUUAAAAAAUU